AUGCCGACAAGUUAUCCCUGGACUUCAGCCAAGAAAUGUAGACGAAAAAAUAAUGUUGCUAGUUUAGAAGUAAGCACCCAUCCUCUCAAAAUGGACAACAUGAGAAUUACACCAAGUUUAAAUAAGGCUUUAAUGGAAAGUCUACAGAACUGGAGUAUGCCUUUUGAAGAAUUGGAUCCUUUGCUACGUUUUGAAAAGAUGAAUUUAGCAGAGGAAUCAUUGCCUUUAGAUAUAUGUGAGGAUGAAAAGGAAAAUUACUUGAAAGUAUGGAAUUGUAAAAAGACAUCUAUUCUAAAUAAAUAUACGACAGGUGAAAAGCUUACGAUCAUAAGCAGUUUUUUACCUGGUGGAGAAAAGAUUAGUACUUUUUCAGCAUUAAUUAGACAAGUGUCCAAUCUUAAUGAAAAAGUAAAGCAUAGAUUAGAACAACUUGAUGAUUUUGAUGAAGCUUCAGUUAGAAAGACUAUGGGACUCUCACAACAAGAGUUUGUAACGAAAGUACAUAUGUUGGAUGAGGAGAUUAAAAAGGCAUGGGAUUCAGAGCAAAGGGUAAAUGCAUUCAAAAUUGCAAUACAAUGCUCAAAAUUACUCUCAGACAUCAGCGUAAUGCAAUUUUAUCCAAGCAAGUUUAUUCUCAUCAGUGAUGUUUUAGAUAACUUUGGAAGUUUAGUAUUUGAUCGUCUUAAGAAUAAAAGCUUUGGAAACAAAAAUAUCAAAUUUCAAUACAUUGAUCCAAAUACAGUUCUAGAAAUAGCUAAAGAAACAUGUCAAAAUUGGUUGUUUAAAAUGGCAUCUAUUAGAGAACUGUUGCCUCGGCUCUAUAUGGAAAUAGCUCUUUUACAGUGUAAUGUAUUCAUAUCUAGAGAAGAAAUGAAACCAACAAUAAAUCGACUGACGAAAAUGAUCAGAGGAAUGGGAAAUCCCCUUGUAGCAAUAUACAUUAGAGUUUAUUUAUGUAAUACCUCUUCAAAGUUAUUUAGCAAAGAAAGUGAACCAUAUUAUAAAGACAAUUUAAGUGAGUUCAUUAACGAAUACCAGCAGAUCUUCCACCCUACAAUGUUAAAAAAAUAUGGCGCGCAGCUUCUAACCGCUGAUCAGUACUUGAAUCUAUAUGUACCUGCUGUAGAUUGGCUACUGUUUGGUACUCUCAAUUGGAAUCAUGAUAAAUUAAAUCUACUUGAGGAAUUGUUAAAAAAAUGUAAUGAAAUUGAGAACAGUGAGCUGCUCCUGUGUUGCAUAAUCUCUGCAUUUGAUUCGUCCAGUGUUAUACAGAAAUCUUCAGCAAUUUUGGAUAUCAUACGCAAGAAUGCUGAUGGAAUGGUAAUGAUGCACCAAGCAUUAUCUUCGCUGGGAGAACACCUAUGCCACGCUGAGAGCUAUCGACAGGUCUCAGCUGAAGUAUUGAGUCAAACAUGGUGGAAAUUAGCCAGUGGUAUGAAGAGCACGGCUAACUUCUUACAAGUGCUGGAACCGUGGAUUCAAUUUGCUUGUCUUCAAUUAUCUAGUCAACAUAUUAACGUGAUUCUUCGUGGGACGAUUCGCUAUUUAAUCAAGAGUGGUCAUCCGCCGGAUAACUAUUCCGCGCAGAUACAGAAUGUUAUCAAAAGAAUACUCAAGCAUAUUCCAGAUGUUGAGGAAUUAUUUUUAAUGGACGCCUUUAUGCCGUUGGUAGAGCUGGUCCAGACCUCAGCAGCUCGCACGUCAAUGGCUCGGACAGUACUCACAGUGUUCUUUGAGAGAAACAAGUCUGAACGCAUAGAUGACCCCAUAGUCAUCGCUAGCCUUAUGAGGCUUUGCCGCAUUGUGCACGAUUCUAUUAAUGCUGUGAGUGUAGAAGACGAGAGCAAGUGGAGUGGGGAAUUAAUAGUCAGAUGCAUCCAAGUCGCGAGACAUGAGGAUCUUGACACGCAACUCAAUUUCUAUGUGGAGUGCCGAGCUGCCUUUCUCAAGUUGGAUGCUGUACUUGUCGCAUUGGUGCAUGCGGUGAACACACUAUCGACCCGCGGUGCGGCUUCCCGCGGCAGAUGGCUGCAGCGCGCGUGCGCAGCCUAUUGUUACAUCACGGUGCCGUCUCUGCAAUGCGUGUUAUCCCGGGCUACGCUUUACCUUCUCUCAGGACAGGUUGCCCUGCUUAAUAACUGCAUUGGACAAGCUGAAGCGAACUUCAAAGCACUGGUUGGAGUAAUACCAAACAUACCGCAAUACGUUCAAGAAGAUGGCCAGAAGAAACCUACUCAUGAUAGAGUGGCUGGUCUUAUCAGUAAUUUCUUAUCAACGCUUCUCGUACUGCCGGAUAAUGUAGACAGUAACAGCAAGGCGUAUAUAUUAAGCGGUUUCAUUAAAACCCUGGAGAGGGUUGAAUGGCGGAAAACAGACGCCUUAUAUUACACGACACUUUUACGAGUACUGGACUUGCUUUGCGAGAUGACACAAGAACAAUACGCGUAUCACAUAGAUUCAGUAAUAUCCAACGACGAACUGUAUGGCGCUGAAGAAGAAUUCGUAAAGUGUUUAGAAAAUUAUGCAACAAAUGUUUGCCAGGAGUUGCUAGUGGUUUUAAAGGCGCUGUCAGACGCAAAAGAAACUAAGAAACAAUAUAGUUUAUCUCUCGAGUUAUUUUGGAGGAUUAUAAAAAGAGGAGAUUUGCAGCAGUCGUCUAUGUCCGGUUUGGCUUCUAAUUUGUGGAUGUUGUCGCAGAAACUUCAAGAUUCUAAUGCAAAGUAUGCGAAAUCAAUAUUGGCUGUACUACAAGCCGACCCAGCUGGGCGACAAUUACUAGAGAAAUUGAAAGUCCAGUGA